AUGUUUGACAUAAAGGCUUGGGCUGAGUAUGUUGGAGAAUGGACAGCAAAGGACCCUUAUGGUUUCCUUACAAUAAUGCAUUUGGCCCUUACGCCACUGUUCCUAGGAAGUACCAUACUCUCCAAGAAAUUAGCCAAGAUAAUUGAAGCAAGGGAAAAGGACCAAAAAAAAAAAAGAAGAAGAAUUAAAAAGAAAAAAAUCACAAAAGCCAAACAACUAAGAAAGGACUGA